UAUACGUCCAAAGCACAAGUUCUCUUGGAUGGACACCUGAACUGAUCUUUCCAAGCGCCUGCAUUUUCAGAGGGUCUUGGAUUCCCAUGUAUGGCCCGCCCCUACCACAGGCGAGCGGCAGCAUCCGGGAUCCUUUUGCCUGGAAAGAGGCUUUGACUCCUCAGGGCUCUGCUCGAAACUCUCGAGCUGGUUCUGCGGCAGGAUCCAAUGCGAGCACUCCACGGAAUCCUCCAACGCCACCCUUGUCACCUGCACCAGGGUCUGCUGUUGGAUCGGCCAGGAGCUCUCGUAGUAACCUCUCUGGAAGGAGUGUUGGCUCCGGGCGUUACACUCCGACGCCAGCAGAGGCUUUCGUCUGUGGUGCUGGCACUGGACCUUUUCCGGAUCUUAGUGCCAGGACUUCGAACUUUUACAGUCCCGAGCCGUCCGUUCGCUCCUCGGAGUUCGGCUCCCUGUACGACUCAAGCGUUGGUUCAGCUCGAAUUGCUGAGCUGAGCAACUACGAGGGUUUGACCUUCAGUCAGCCCCUGGACAAGCGCGAGGCCUUUGGCCGCAAACAGAAGGCGGUCAUGGCGGCUGCGUUUGAUGCGUUUGUACAAGCACCGCCAAAGCCACCUCCCCCUCCACCAGUGCCAGCAGGUCUUCCAGAAGAGGAUCCACGUCAGGAAGAAGUUUCGCUGGAUCCACGUCAGGUGUACAGUGCUGCGCGGCAUGGGAGGCACAAGGAAGUGGAGGCGGCUUUGGAGGCUGGCUUCAAUCCGGACUACACCGAUUCCUUUGGAAACUCGCUCUUUCACAUUGCGUGUCAAAAUGGGAACAAAAGGAUUGCAAAGCUGGCCAUCAAAUACGGUGGAGACAUGGACGCGCAGAACCUGAAAGGCAACACUGGAAUUCAUUUCCUCUUUGCCUAUGGCUACCCAGACAUCGCGGAGUACUUCAUCUCCAAGGGUGCAGACGAUACCAUCGCUAAUGAAACUGGCAAAACGGCUAGAGAGGGCAUCCGCUAAAGUGGUAAGCCCGUAGCCCAGUGGAUGUUUCACGUCGAUCAGGGACCACCCGGUGAAGUGAAAA